AUGGAUGAUCCACAAGAGAAUCCCAAUGGACUCACCAUCAAGAUUUCAACUUCUUCCAAGAAAAGUGGUAAAGAUCACAUUUUAACUCAUGUUUCUUCUUCAAAUCCAUCUCCAAACUUGAAAAACUCCAUUGAAUCAUCCCCUUACAGCUCUCCUCUUGUGUCACCACCAUCAUCUGCAUUUGUUUCAGCUCUUCAGUCACCAUAUAUAUCACCAAGAGCUAUAACUGUAAACACAACUCCACCUCCAGACAAUAAUAAUAAUAAUACAUCACAAUCUGAUCAUGACAUACCAAGUAGCUCAUACACUCCUCCAACUGACCAGUAUGAAUAUUCCGACGAUAUUCCGGCUGAUUCGAGCCUCAAGUAUGUAACUUGUGGAGGAGCAGUUCAAGAUCCUGCUCCUCCACGCUUAUCUUUCUCUUUUCCGGUCCCUCGUAUUUCGUUUAAAGCUUCUGUUUCGCCGGCUGCUUCUAAUGCCAAACUCAGCUAUGAUGUUUAUAUCGGCUUUCACGGCCAGAAUCCGAAUCUUAUUCGCUUCUGCAAAUGGCUUAAAUCUGAACUGGAGCUUCAAGGAAUUGCUUGUUUUGUUGCUGAUAGAGCAAAAUACUGUGAGCAAAGUCAAGAGAUUGCAGAUAGAAUUAUUUGCUCAGUCACUUAUGGAGUUAUAGUAGUGACUAACUCCAGCUUUCUUAACCAUCUGAGCUUAGAAGAGAUUAGAUUCUUUGCUCAAAAGAAGAAUUUGAUCCCGCUUUUCUUUGGCACUGGACUUUCUGAAAUCAUGGGGCUUCUCUACUGCAAUUCAAUAGAUAAAGAGCGGAAAGAAGCAAUCGAUGGACUACUCAACUCUCAUGAAAUCAAAUUGGAAGCUAAUGAAGGUAACUGGAGAGGCUGUAUAGCUAAAGUUACCGGUUCGUUACGAGCUAAGCUUGGUAGAAAGAGUGUCGCUGAGAAUGAUGCAGUAGAAGGAUUCGAGGAGCUUCCGUUCCCACAUAACAAAUAUUUCGUUGGUCGAGAUAAGGAGCUUGCCGAGAUUGAGACUGCAUUCUUUGGAUAUGGGGAUAGUGUUGAACCGAAGUGCUCCAUUCCAGCCAUAAAAGGAGAGACCAGUGGCCAAUCUGAUAGCUUCGAAAAUGAGGAUAGCGAGGAGACUAGGUACAUAAACUUGGAGCUGGCCGGAGGCAAGUGCAAAGAACCGGCAUUAGAAGCUUGGGUGGAACCAGUAACGGGGAGGAAUUCAACAUCGAAAAAGUCCAAAUUCAAGAAAUCAAAAAGUGGAAGCAACAGUGUGUUUUGUAUAAAUGGAAUGGCAGGCAUGGGAAAGACAGAGGUUGCACUUGAAUUUGCUUAUAGAUAUUCUCAGAGAUACAAAAUGGUAUUAUGGAUUGGUGGGGAGAGUAGAUUUUUCAGGCAGAACAUAUUGAAUCUUUCUCGCAAUUUAGGAUUGGAUGUGAGUGCUGAUGGUGAAAAGGAAAGGGAAAGAAUUAGAAGCUUUGAAGAGCAAGAAUUUGAAGCAUUCAAGAGAGUCAAAAGGGAGUUAUUUAGAGACAUACCAUACUUACUUAUUAUUGACAAUCUUGAGACAGAAACAGAAUGGUGGGAAGGAAAAACUUUAUAUGAUUUGAUUCCAAAGAACACCAAAGGGUCACAUGUGAUUAUCACUACCAGACUACCUAAAGUGAUGAAUUUUGAAAUAAUGCAGCUUCAGCCAUUGCCACUAUCAGAUGCAAUGCUGUUAAUGAGAGGAAGAAGGAAAAAUGAGUACCCGAGCGAGGAGCUAGAUUUUCUUCAAAAGUUUGAGGAAAAAUUGGGAAGGUUGAGCUUUGGUUUGUGUGUGAUUGGUUCACUUCUUUCCGAGCUUUCAAUUUCUCCAUCGGCACUUUUUGAAGCUGUGAGUCAAGUUCCGGAUGAUGAUGGUUCUUCGGCGCACUCCUACAUGAGCAUAAACGACGAGCAAUACUGUAAAAACAAUCCAUUCCUUAUGAAGCUUCUGCGAUUCUGUUUAAUAGUCUUGCAACAAACCAAUGGCACAAAGAAUCUUCUCGCCUCAAGAAUGCUUCUUGUCGGUGCUUGGUUUGCUCCAUCGCCCAUUCAAGCGAAUUUGCUGGCAACAUCAGCUAAGAGUAUGUCUGCUAUUGAAAAUAGAAUUAAGCAAUGGACCAAAUGCCUAAGCCUCACAUUUGCUUGCUGUUAUGGUUGUGGAUUAGCACCCCAAAGUGAAGAAGAGUCAGCAAUUCUUCUUGUUAAACUAGGACUAGCACGACGAACCAACAGACAACCUGGCUGUUGGAUUCAGUUCCAUCCUAUAACUCAAGUAUUUGCAAGACGAAAAGAUGGAUUAUCAACUGCCAAGGCCACAGUGCAUGGAGCAAGUAAAAUUGGUAACCCCUUAAUCAACUUUGAUCAUCUAUGGGCAACUGCAUUCCUUGUAUUCGGAUUCAAAUCCGAACCCCCACUUGUCCAACUAAAAGCAGCAGAUAUGGUUUUUUACAUAAAGCGGACAGCUCUUCCGCUAGCAAUCAGAGCUUUCACAAAUUUCUCAAGGUGUAAUUUAGCACUGGAGCUUCUGAAAGUUUGCACUACCGUGCUUGAAGAAGUCGAGAAGUCAUUCGUGUCGCAAAUACAAGACUGGUGUCACGAUUCUCUGUGUUGGAAGAAGAAAAUACAGGGUCAACAAAGAGUGGAUGAAUAUUUAUGGCAAGAUGUUACAUUGCUCAAGGCUACCUUACUUGAAACCAGAGCAAAGUUGUUGCUGAGAGGCGGGCAUUUCGACAGUGGCGAAAAAUUAUGUCGGACUUGCAUAAGUAUCCGGACAGUAAUGCUCGGUCACAGCCAUGCUCAAACCUUGGCUGCACAAGAAACACUAGCAAAGUUAGUAAGAAUGAGAAGCAAAAUAUGAUAUGCUCUCUUACAGAGAGCUCAGUUUAGUUUUGUUUACAUUGUAGCCAUUUCACUUAGAAAUAUAAACAUAAGCUUUCUCUUUA